AUGCUAGGAACUGUGAUAAGGAUUGAUGGAAAAUAUGAGUCCUGGUAUUUAGCAGUUCAGCAGCUCGACACUCCAUUGGUUGACGCUUCUCAGAGAGCUCUCAACACCAUUAAGGAUCGAUAUCAAUCCGCUCCUUCUCGUGACCAACAAUCGUCUUUCCUCGAUGACCAGGUCAUCAAGCAAUAUAUCGACUUCGACGGGGGUGCUGGGCCAUCUACCACCGGUGAGACUCCAUCUCCUGCCAAGUCCGUCAAAUCCGAGCACGGCACCAUUGUUGAGAAUCAAAAUUCUCCUGGUAAUAAGUCCCCUGUGCCCCCUUCUGACUAUUCAGAAGGUCUUGUCGAGGUUCCCCACAAACUCGAAAUCAUUUUUCACACCCCUCGCAAGGUUCUGGUCAAUGACGAACUUGUUAAGGCUCUGACCACUCAAAAAGACUCAGAAAUCGGUGAGAUUUCUAUAGAAUUCUCUACUCUCUGGGCCAAAAUGACCUUUUCCUCUGUUUGUAAGGCUCUGAAGGAUGAAGCCCUCAAUCGUUUUCGCGAGACUGGCGGCAUCAAUCCCACUAUUAUGUGGUUUAGGAAUGCCCUCAAUCGUCUGGCACAAGGUUGGCAUCUUUGCAACAAAAAUGGUGCUGUUGUUUGCUUAGAGGGUGAACUUUGUUCCAAUUGCCAGCGUCGCCUCGAUGGCGGGGAAGAUUUUUGCAUUGGUUGUAUUGGUCCUUUUGGUGGUGUUUGUGGCGAGUGCUCCGCCAAGGGAGCUCCAAAGUGUUUGGUGAAAACCAACAAUCCCGAGUCCAAAUUGUCACGCGGCGCCGCGUGA